CGGGAGCAGUCAUUUUAGCCAGUAAAUAUUUUUAGCUAGGAGAAAGGGGCCGCUUCAGUUAUUCCGACUGUUUGUUUGUUUAGCAUUGUUAUAGCUCGAGCAGCUCUGUAUCCAUCCAACUCCGUUUUUUGGGGUAGCUGAAGAAGAUUACCUCCAAGCAUAGUAUGAGUGAUUCAGAUGGUGAAUCUUAUGAAGUUAUUGAUGGAAGGUUAUCUCCCUCAGUAAGAGGACGUGGCAUUCAAAACAAAAGACACAUAAUGUCACGUGAUCAAAGGAAGUCUUCCUCUCGUUCCCCUGCCCCCCGGGUUGGCGAUAUUGAUUUCAGACCCCCUUAUCCGACCCCCAAGUCCCAGUCCCUUCGUUCCUCCAGCUCACUCUCAACCAGUGCCUCCUCACAGUUAACUUAUGAUCGGAUUACACUCUCUCCUGUUGUCCCUGACUACGAGACUACCUCAUCUUCUUGUUCCCCUCCUCCUCUUCCUCUUUCCUCCUCACUCUCUAAUGGACACGGCUCGCUUCCUGAUACUCCUCCUCCCCUACCUCCUUUAAACUCGAGUCAGAAGUGGAAGUAUAACAGGUCAAACAGUGAAUCUGCUGAUGUCAAUUUAAGUCAGACUCCUCCUCAUUCUCUCUUGCAAACUAGAAUGAAUGGACACACCUCCUCCUCCUCCUCCUUCUCCUCUACCAAACACAAUCGCUCAAACUCAAAUGAUUUCGAUUCAGUGAGCGCCACCAAUCCAACAUAUAGCCGUCCAACAUCUUCAAAAGCUCGUUCAUAUUCUGUUGACUCGCUGCCUGUUGGACGGGCUGUGCCCUCUGAGUCCUCCUCUGGGUAUGUGAGGGACUCUCCCGUAAUGCCUCUCGCUAGUCUCGCCACUAGUUACAAGAAGGACCUUCCAUUUCAGGUUGUUGUUACUAAAGGUUUUUACGGUGCGGACGAGCGUACGUCAAUAUCUGAUGGAGACAUGUUUAAUAUUCAUUUCUUCAAGCAGACCAAAGUUGUAAAGAUAUCGGACUCAAACAAGUACUCGUAUACCAUCCCACUCAACUCUUCCCUUGAGUUUGGUAUGAUAUACACGCUCCCUCCUGGCUUCAAGCAGUCCAAUCCAAAGUAUCAUUUUAAGACUGUCGGUGAAGUGCUUCAACUGAAGAACCUCCCUAAAGUGAUGCGUGCAACUGCCUCUUAUAAAGGAUCGGGCCCUGAGAGCUCAGUGGAACAGAAUGAUCUGCUGGUGCUGAAGGAGGUGAAGCAGAAACGUGGGUUGAAGACCACUCGAGUAUUAAAGUGUAUUCAUACUGGGAGCGGAGCUAAAAAGACCCUCUCUGAGGACUGUGCUGGGUGCUUUACUGUCCGCCCUCAGGACCUCCGUCUCUUUCUACCCGAGAUAGUCGAGCAUAUCGAUCUGCCCCAGUCGGCCAUUUUGUUUUAUGGAGGUGGUAACAGACUUGAUCUUCCGCCCCACCUCAUAUCAAGUGAAGUAAAGAUACUGACGAUGGAGAUAGAAGAGUCCAUUGUUGCUACUAGUAUACUUGAAGAGGACGAGGCCCAGUCUCUCAGACAUUAUGAAAACACUCCCUCCAUCCCACUGGUUGACAUACCCAUUGACCUCGACAUUGAAGUGGCCAUCAUUAAACUAGCUGACAUGGACACUGAUAACUUGUACUCUGAGACCCGCUCACUCCUCGAGAAAUACAACCCAAGCCAAGUCUCCUACCUCAACAUCAAGAGCAGCGUCACUGCUAGCGCUCAGACGACUCUCUUUAAAGCCGUUCGUCAGGAUCAGUUCCAGCAGAUUGGGAUUGAAAUCAUACGACCUGAGAAUGCUUUCAAGACAAGGUCUGACGUGUCUCUCAACCGGCUUUCAAACGGGUCGGACUCGUCAAGACGUCAGCUCUACACUCCGUCAGAGUGUGCUAAUGCUGAGGAAGUACAUAGUCGGCUUGAGCUACUGGAGUCCAAUUCAACAGGUUUAGAGAACAGGCUGAACAUGUUUGAGCUAAAGAUGCAGAGCGUGGAGAGGGAAAGGCCCGACCACGAGGGACUCAAGAAGGAACUCAUCGCAACAAAGUCUGAAGUCUCGAAAAUGAGACGAGACUAUGAUGACCUAAAGAAAACUAUAGGAGAUGUAAAGGAUCACGUGUCAAAGUUCACCUCCACUAUGGAGAAGCUUGCUCGUGUUGUUGAUAAUUUACAGAAAGAGUUCAGGAAGAGUCAAUUGGAGAAGGAGCUGGCAAAUAAGCCAGCUGGAUCUUACAUAACAAUGUUUCCAGCUAGUGAAAGCCCUACUCAUAAUGGCACUGGCAUGAAUGGCCCUAUACCUAAUGGCCCUGUAUCAACCAAUGGGACUGCUAGCAAUGGAAUGAAUGGUACCCAAUCGACUGAAGAGAUUGAAAGGAACAAUAAGCAGUUCUUAAUGCAAAUGGAUCCCGUUGAAGUUUGCCAGCUACUGGACUGUAUGAAGUUAGGUGUAUACAAGGAUAGUUUCACAAAGGAGCAGAUAACAGGCGAGAUACUCUCCGAUCUGAACGCCGAGGAUCUUCGCGAUGAACUAGGAGUGUCCUCUAAGAUACACAGAAUGAAACUAAUGAAAGUCAUAACAGGUCGACACUCGGCUUCAAGUGUCUUAAAUGGCGAAGAUCCUUACUAUGUUCACCUGGGACAGUCUAAUAAUUAAAAUAUAUUAUUUUGGAGUUGUUAUUAUAAAUAAAUUAUCAUUGUUUUGGUUGUGAACUCUUUAUUUUUGAUACACUAUAAUCAUAGAUUUUGGGAACUAAAUAUUUAUUAUGAUGCAUUGAUUUUCUAAUGCAUUGUGUUCUGUAAA